CUUUAUACAUGGACAAAACUGACCGUGAGCUGACAAUAAAGAUAAGGCGGACCACUCACUCUCUGUGUUUUACCAUCAUGAGAGGUAUACUUUUGUUCAAUAUACUAAUUGGAUAUGGUUUAUAUUUUACAACGCUAGCAUUUGAUCAAAGUGAGGUAGACAGCUUUCUCAAUGCAGCUCUCGCAUGUCGUCAAAAUAAGAAUCCCGGUCUAACGGCGUCGGUUGUUAAGGAUGGAAAGGUCCAGUUUGCUAAGGGUUAUGGAUUUGCAGACCGCAGUACUGGACGCAAAGUUACGAACACAACUCUGUUCGGAAUAGCAUCCAUGUCCAAAGCUUUUGCAGCGACCUUGAUGAUAAAACUGUUACAUGACAAGAAAAUGUCUAUAUACACAAAACCUGGUGAUGUGAUGACCGAGGGAUUCGCAUACAACACGUCUGAGUUCACAUACUAUGCCACCAUUCGUGACUUAAUGACACAUUGUCUUGGGGUCCCGAGCAACCAAAUGAUGAGACUGGAUCCAACGCUGACAAAGAAAGAAGCCGCAAGACGUAUCCGCUAUUUUGCUCCUGUUUACAAGUUUCGUCUACACUAUCUAUAUAGUAAUCUUCAUUAUGGAAUUGUAUCAUAUCUAAGUGAGGUUCUUGGCGGGAAAACUUGGGAGGAAUUGAUACAGCAGUAUAUCUUCACACCUUUAGGAAUGAACGAUUCGGAUUUUCUGCGAACGGUAGAUAGGACAAAGAAAGACGUUGCACAGGGUUACGCGGAUGACGAAACUCAUGGUGGACUGAUUCCUGUCCCUGAAGAACUUAACAAACAAUGGGGUAACCUAGCGGGAUCAACUGGUAUCAUGAGUACGUCCUCAGACAUUACUAAAUGGAUGCUGAUGCAUCUGAAUGAGGGUAAAAAUGAGAAUGGCGACGUGGUUGUCGCAGCCAAAGACGUUGCAUUGAUGCAUCAACCUCAGACGGCUAUCAGAUCGUCCACCGUGGAGAAGAAUUUUCAUAAACCAAAGGCUCCGUUUACUGUCACAGAAACUGCAUAUGCCUUUGGUUGGAAAACGGGAUUUUAUAAAGGAUAUAAGAUGUUACGUCAUACCGGAACAACAUUCGGGUACUCCUCUUUAGUCACACUGCUACCGGAUGUAAACAUUGGCGUGUUCACCAGUAUGACCGGAGAAGAUGAGGGAUAUAUUACUCGUACACUUUUACACAGUCACUUGCUGGACACUUUUCUUGGCGAGAAACCGACGAUAAAUGACACAACAGUAUGCACAUACCCGGAACCUUGGUACAACAGUACACAUUCUAUCAGGAGGCCAAUAGAUACAACACAUAAGGCUUCCAGACCCCUCACAGAAUACGUGGGCGUGUAUCAUCAGAUAGCAUAUGGGGACUUAGUGAUCCGAAUGAAUACAACUGUAAAUCAAUUACAGAUGGAUUAUGGGAUAGGCCACUGGAUUUUAUACCCUGAGACAUCUCAUGACAGGUUUUCCGGCGAGGCUUUUGGUCUGAUGUACAGAAUGGUAGACCUCACACAUGUUCGUUUCCAUACACACUUACAGUCCGUCAUCAGUGUUGAAAUUCCUGGUUUCGAGCCGAGGGAACCACCCGUGUUUAUGAAAACAACCAAGGCCAUCACCAAUCCAGGAGGACCUGGAAUAGUCGGAUAACUUAAUUUCGUUGUUUAUUACGCAAUUAAAUAUGUCAUUUGCA